UUUGACAGACGCGAACAAAGCAAAUACAAAGCGCUCUCCUAUAAUUGUUGUUUAUUUUUCUUUUCGCCAAGUGUUAACCGAAAAAGAAAAAAAAAUGUUGCCGAAAAGUGCAUCGUUUAUUUUCUUAUUAUGUUUGGUUAAUUUUUCAUGUGGACAAGAAAUUAGCAGUAAGGUUCUUGAAGAUAUUAUGAACGAUGAUGACGAUGUCUUCUUCAAACAUACCUGGAGUAAUUUACAACCACAAUUAUCAUCUGGUCUACGAAAUUGGUUCUCAGCAUUACACGAACAGGAUUUAAAUCCAGCAGAAAGUUCACAUCAAUUCGAGAAAUCAGAAUCGAAUGCCGAAAAAGAUCGUGAACCAUUAUCACCUGAUUUUAAGGAUCCAAAAGGUGAUGUUGAAAAACCACCAUCAUCUGUUUCAUUCGAAUCGGUACCAAAGAAACCUGAUACAGAUUUCGGUAUUAUUGAUAUACCAGCCGGUGCAAAUAAUAAUGGUGGAUCUAUUUUCGGUUCUGGAGGACAUGGUGUUGUGUUAAAAGAUUUACCCGGUUUUGGUAGAUGGCCUGGUAAUAUUUUCGAUAUGUUUGGUGGUAUUCCAACACGGACUCCAUGGUGGAAAGGACCAAAUGUUUGCACAGAAAAAGAGGAGAUAAUCGAAAGUGAAGAUAAAGAAACGGAUACAGAUAAUAUUGGAUUCUUUGGAAGUAUUAACUUCUCAAGUUGUUCGCAAACACUCACCAAAUAUGAAUGUACAACGAAGACCAGCACACCUGAAGGAGUGAAAACAUUAGUCAUCAAAUACAAAUGUUGCCAUGGCUACAAAUUAGGAGAUCAAAAUCAAUGUGAACAAGUUGAAGAUUUAAAAACAGUGGCUGAAACUUGUACAAAACUUUCUGGUAAAGAAUUCUCAACAAUGAUGAUCAAUACUGGCAUUGAUCGAACAAUUGAAAAUGAAAAUGUUACCGUAUUUUUACCAACGGAUGAAGCUCUAAAAGAAUUCAGUGAAAAACUAUUGGAAAUGAAUGAAGUUGAAAUGUAUGUGAAUGGUGAACGUCAACGACGCGAUGCAAGUCAACAUGCUCUUUCGUCACGGGAAUUGGUACAAAGCCAUAUUGUUCCUGGUCUUGUAGAAUUAAAUGACUUAUCCAAUGGAGAUGUUAUUCACAGUCAAUUCGACAACAGUACAAUUCGUAUUAAUAUGUACCCAACUUCAUCUCGGGAAAUUUUAACAACAGCCAAUUGUAUUAAAGUUUUCAAAAAAGAUCAAAUGGCCUCAAAUGGAAUUAUCCAUGUUUUGGACGGUGUCAUGACGCCUGUUACCAAGUCACUCAAUCAAAUAUUGGCCAACAACGAUAAAUUACGAACAUUCAGCCAAAUCAUGGAAAAAAUCAACUUAAAUAAACUUUUCGAAGAGGACAAAGUUUAUACGAUAUUUGCUCCAAGUGAUGCUGCUUUCGAGAAAUUAUCACCAGAAGUAUUUGAAAAAUUGAAGAAGGGCAGUAGCUGUGCUGAAAAUAUUUUGAAACAUCAUAUUUUAAGCCAUUCAGUUUGCUCCAAUGCCAUAACAUUUAAUGCCACCACCCAUAAUAUGGAUGGAACACCGAUCAGUAUGAAACGAGAUGCUUCCAAAAAUUUAAUUAUUGAGAAUAAGGCGCAAGUUGUCGACAGCGAUAUUAUGGCAACAAAUGGAAUUGUUCACAUUAUUGAUACACUUCUUAUGCCUGAUUCUGGUUUGGACGCAAGCCAAUUAUUAUUAAAACACAAUUUAACUGAAUUCGAAAGUUUAGUAAAAGAAUCUGGAUUAUUAAACGAAAUCGAUAAUCGAAAUAAUAUUACUUUAAUUGCACCAUCGAAUGAAGCGAUUAAAAGAGCAGCACCACAAUUAGAACAAAUUAAAAAUGAUCCAGAAAAAUUACGUGAUCUAAUUCGAUAUCAUGUCGUACAAAAUGAAAUCAAAACAUGUGACUUCCAGAACAAUGACAUGUUGGACACGGAUUUGGGUGAUCAACAAUUACGAGUGAAUUUAUACAAUACGUUACCAUUUUUCAAUUCCGUUUACAACAAAGCCACAAUCAAUUGUGCCCGUGUAACCACAGCUGAUGAACAAGCUUGUGGAUCAGUGAUUCAAGAAGUGAAUCAAGUUUUAAUUCCACCAAAAGAUUCUUUAUUGGAAACCAUUCAAAAAUCUGAAUUAUUCACAACAUUCGCUGAAUUAUUAAAUGGCACCAAAUUGGAAGAGGAACUUAACGAAAGUAACAGUUCAUUUACGAUACUUGUACCAACGGAUGAUGCUUUUGAAAGACUUCCCGCUAAAGUGCUUGCUACAUAUAAGAAUAAUCCAGAAAAAGCUGAUGAAUUAUUACGAUUACAUGUUAUUCCAGAUAUUUUAUGCUGUUCCGGCGUUGGUUACCAAUCAUUCCCAUUCACCAAAACCGUAAAAACUUUAAGUCCAUAUACAUUAACGCAAGGACACGAUGGACAAAAUCGUGUACGAUUUGCAGAUGCUUCAACAACCCAGUGUGAUCAAAUCGCUACCAAUGGAAUCAUUCACAGUGUAAAUAAAGUAAUCAUUCCAGCGCCUCGACGAUCAUCCUCAAAUCCAUUCGAACAUUUAAAUUUUAUGUUUUUAAAUUUUUAAUAUAAAAACAAAACAAAAAUCAAACUUUGAAGGCUGAGUGAGGGCUACGCUUCGUGUUUGUGAUGUAUUUAGAAAGAUAGCAUAAAAGAUCCACUUCUUCCCCCCCCCCUUUUUUUCCUCCCUCUUAGAUUUUAAUAGAUAGAGUAUUUUGAUCCGGUGAUUAAAGAUCCACCUGGAAAAUGUAGUUUAUUUCAAACAUAAAUAAAUAAAUAUUAACUAAAAUCAGGGACGUAAUGCUCUUUAUGACAGGGCAGGGGAUUGAGGGGUUGGUCCCACUUUUAAAUACAUGACAGAUGCGUGGUAAAGCCCUACUGUUUUGUGCUGUGUGCUGUCUGUUAUUAAAAUAAAUUUUUAAAUGUUAUUUAAUUAUAUUAUUAUAGAUAAUGAUGUUUGAAAUAUAAAAUAAAUAAAAAGAUUCUUUAUAUAUUAUUUAAGGAGAUCUUUGUAUUAUAUCUUUGUA